CGCAAGGACUGAGGUUGUAAGACUAGCAAGAAAAACUUCUCUCGGUGGAACCAAAACAGUUUUCAGAAAAAAAUGGCUUACAUUGAGACUUGGAAUCCUCCGAUAUCAUGGCAAGAGAAAGUUCCCGAAACUGAAGUGGAAAAAUUCCAGAAUUACUUGAAAGAGAAACAUGGUCUACACUUUGAAAAUUACUGGGAGCUGCAUGAUUGGUCGCUUAAAAAUACUGAUAUCUUCUGGGGCGAACUGUGGCAUUAUUUGCAGAUAAUUGCAUCGAAACCAUAUGAAAAGGUACGGGUGAAAACAGGACCACGUAUCAUUGAUGCUAAGUGGUAUGUAGGUGCCGAAUUUAACUUUGCAGAAAACUUACUGCGGUACAGAAACGACAAGACAGCUAUUGUUUAUACGGAUGAAACUGGUUACAUAGAAAAAAUAACCUUUGAAGAGUUAUAUAGAAAAGUUCAACUUUAUGCAGCGGCUUUCAGGAAACAUGGCUUGAAGAAAAACGACAGAUUAGCAUGUCACAUGUCAAACAGACCGGAAAACAUAUACGCUUUUCUAGCAGCAACUAGCAUUGGAGCCGUUUUUGGAGGCAUUCACUCGAACUAUCCAGCAAAAUCUGCUAAAGUAAUUCUGGAUUACAUGGAACCAAAAUUUCUUCUCGUCGAAGAGUCACAUCAAUUUGAUGAACAAAUUUUCGACAUAUUCUCUAACCUCGAUCAUCUUAUUAAAGACUGUUCGUCAUUGGAAAAAGUAGUGGUAUUUCCGCGCACUGGUCAAAGACAGUCUAAAAAUAUUUCUCACAUUAAAAAUGGCAUUUAUAUAGAUGCAUUCCUCAAAAUGAGCAGCAUACCUCCUUUGCAAUUUGCGCAGUUACCUCCAGAUCAUCCUGUCAGCAUAGCUUUUACCUCUGGAACAACGGGAGUGCCGAAAGGGUUCGUACACGCGGCAAGUUCUCUGGUUUCUUUUACUCGAGACUUUGUGUUCAACUGGAAUCUGAAGGAAGGAGACAGAAUUAUGUGCGAUACACCACCCGGCUGCAGCAUGUGGGAUCUCGAAUUUCCAGUUCUUUGUCGAGGCGCAUCUGUCCUGCUGUACCACGGAUCUUUGACAAAUAUCAACUAUUGGGAUUUGGUGGGACAACAUGAAGUCACAUUCGCAUUCCUCACGCCCAUUGGCCUCAUCUGGAUGGAAGAGAUGGGAAUGUAUCCAGGAGAUAAAACAAGUCUAGACAAGCUGAAAGCAGUUGGUUUAUCUACUUCUACUGCAUUUCAAUCUCACUUUGAUUAUCUUAAAAGAGUGAAAGAAGAUCUCUUCGUAGCAAAUAUCUAUGGUACUACUGAAACUUUCGGAGAUUUCAUUGCUUUCAAUUACAAUGUACCUUACCAUGCCCCCGAAGCUCAGAUACCAGCCCUGGGUGUAGACAUCCGAUGCCUUGAUUCAAAUGGUAAUUCUGUAAUUGGUCAAAGGGGCGAAAUAGUAAUUGCCUCACAGUAUCCUGCAUUCCCCACCAAUAUUUGGAAAGACCAAAAUGAUCAAAGAUUGACAGACCUAUACCUAGCGAAACACCCAGGUGUCUGGACAGUAGGCGACAUAGGCUGGUUCAAUCCGAAGACGAAAGGUCUCAUGGUCAUCGGAAGAAC